CUGUUCUCUGCGGGGCUUAGGUCCCUCCCGAGGCCAGACCCUUCCCCCAGGGCAGGGGCAAACGGCCCCUCCAGGAGGGAGCCGGAAGAUUAGGCAGCUCCAUGUAGGUCCACGUUUAGGUGAAGAGAACCCACCAUGAGGAAGGGCAAAAGGAAGAAGCCGGAAUCCAGACGCCAUGGCUCCACCUCCCAGCGCACCAGCUCCGAGUCCACCCCGCAGCAGCCCAGCCCGGCAUCCACUCCGCAACAGCCCAGCCCCAGAUCCAGCCCGCAGGAGCCCAGCCUGCCCAGUCCCGCCUCCACCCCACAGCAGCCCAGCCCCGCCUCCACCCCGCAGCAGGCCAGCCCCAGAUCUACCCCCCAGCCCAGCUCCGUAAGCACCCCCCGACAGUCUGCGCCCCAGGCUCUCCCAGCUACCGAAACCAACUCCUCCACCCGGGGCCUGUUACCUCAGGACACUAACUCGAAAGCAUCCUCUCGAUCCAGGAAAACAGGGGCUGUGACUCGUGCGGGCCCGCGGGCCUUCUGUUCCUGUUCCACUUGCCCCGGCAGCUCUGCUUGCUGGCGUCGUCUGGGCCUGUGUCAUAGCCGCAUCUUUGAUGUCCUCCUUCCUCGGGUCUGGCCCACCAUGCCAGGGAGAGGAUCCCCAAGCCUCCUCACUUUCUACAGAAAACCUACAAGGAAACACUCCACUCAUCGUAAUUCGCGUGCUCCAAGCUCUCGGGACUGCUGCUGUAGUUCUGGGGGCCCUAGGAGCUGCCUAUUACACCACUGAAUCCUUGUAAGCAACCCCCCAGGCCCACGGUCCGGCAGAUCCAGUUUCCAUCAAGGAUCUCUCUUGUCACCAAAAUAGAACAAAAAAAAAAAAAAAGAAUUCUGUUUCAUUAGUGUGUUUUACCCAGAGACACAAAGUUGGACUUGGCAAAUGGGUUUGGGAGAUAAGUGUGGGAUGACUUUGUAGAGCAAGAGGCAAACGAGGGUGGGGUCCUCCUGUUCCUGUUGGGGACCACGGACCCGAGGGGGGCAACUUUCUCUGCCCAUACUCACAGAACAAACUGCUUCUGAUUUUCCCCACUCUAAAAGCAAGAAUUAUACAACUCGAUUCAGUACCUAACAUAACCAGUCAAAUGCACUUCUGUCCAGUGGUGAUCCCGGUUAGUGGG